CCUGCCGUUAGCCGUUGUUGUACCCUAUGCUACUGAACAGAUUUACCGCGAUACAAACUAGCUUCACACUGGCCUUAACCGCAUGAAAAGAUGCUUCUUCGCGAGAUUAAAACGAUAAAACAAACACCAGGACGCCUGGGAAAACUUUGCCCAACUAUACCCAAACUUUGAUGAAGACCACAAGCCAAAUAUAGUUUUAGAGUGUGUUAGCAUUGUUAUAUUAUCUUCCCAUUAUAUAUAUAUUUUCCCCCGGUCGAGGUUCUUUCUUUUUUGUAUUUAUCUUUUUUAUUGGAGAAGCCCAGUCUGAUGAAUUCACCGAAAGAAGACGGAGAAGAUGAUGUGCCCGUUAAAGACCCGGUGAAAUACGGAGAGCUGGUCAUUUUAGGGCACAAUGGCUCUCUGCCAAGUGGAGACCGUGGGCGCAGAAAGAGCCGCUUUGCUCUUUACCGAAGGGCCAAGGCCAACGGUGUGAAACCCAGUGCUGUGCACAUCCUCAACACACCACAGGACAGCAAGGUGGUUCACAGCAGGGGGCAGCACAGCAUUUCUUUCACACUGUCUCGCAACCAGACUGUGGUGGUGGAGUACUGCCAUGACAGCAGUACAGACAUGUUCCAGAUCGGACGGUCCACAGAGAGUCCCAUCGACUUUGUGGUGACUGACACCUCUGGAGGGGGAAAGGAAGGAGAAGACCCCUCCAUCGCUCCCAGCACCAUCUCCCGUUUUGCUUGCAGAGUGGUGUGCGAGCGUAACCCACCCUACACUGCCCGCAUUUACGCUGCAGGCUUUGACUCAUCAAAAAAUAUCUUUCUAGGGGAGAAAGCAACCAAGUGGAAAAAUCCUGAUGGCCACAUGGAUGGUCUCACCACCAACGGGGUGUUGGUGAUGCACCCAGAGGGUUUCCCAGAGGACCCCAAGCAGGGUCUUUGGAGGGAGAUAUCAGUGUGUGGAGAUGUUUAUGCACUGAGAGAAACACGCUCUGGGCCCAGUCGGGGAAAACUGGCAGAGGGAGAGAGCAGCGCACUGCGCGAUGGCUCUCUGGUGGAUCUCUGUGGUGCCACUCUGCUGUGGCGCACAGGUGAAGGCCUCAUGCGCGCCCCCACUCUGCGUCACCUGGAGGCCCUUCGUCAAGAGCUGAAUGCGUCCCGUCCUCAGUGUCCUGUAGGCCUCAGCACGUUGGCCUUCCCAAGUCUGCCACGCAGCCACAGCCUUGAAGAGCGUCAGCCCUGGGUCUACCUCACCUGCGGCCAUGUUCACGGACGCCACGACUGGGGCCAGAGGUCUGAAAGACAGGAGGAGCCAGUAGAAGGUGAGGGCUCCACGGUGCGUAGGGAAUGUCCCCUCUGCAGAAGCGUGGGUCCCUAUGUCCCCCUGUGGCUGGGCUCCGAGCCUGCGGUGUAUGUGGACGCCGGAGCUCCCACUCAUGCUUUUGUUCCAUGCGGCCACGUCUGCUCAGAGAGGACAGCCAAAUACUGGGCUGAGACCCCUCUGCCCCACGGGACACAUGCAUUCAGGCCAAUCUGCCCCUUCUGCUCUGCUGCUCUCAGUACCCCCGGCUGGAUACGCCUCAUCUUCCAGGGUCCCAUCGACUAGCCGCUCAUUCAUUACUCUGCAAACAAGAAGCAGGAAGCUACUAGGGCUUCAUUCAAGUGUUAAACAUUGAUAAAUAACAACGAAUAGUUCAAUUUUGAGCUUAAUGGUUUCAAAGCAUAUGUGUUCUGAGUAUUCUACUACACUCCAACAUUGUGUCAGAGAAUGUAGCUCAGAGCUGAAGAAUCAGUCCCCUUGUUUAUCCUUCAGAGCUUCAGGAUCAAGAGGACAUGACAGACUAAUCAGUGCUAAAACAAAGCUAGGAAUCCGUCUAAACUAUCAAAGACAGUGUUAUAUUAAAUACAACAAAGCUUUAGGUGAUGCUGCUUGACCUUCAAAAAUUCAUUUUCUUAAUAUCAUAGAGUAACUCAUCCCCAUUUUACUAUUACUCCACACUUGAUCAGGUUCAAACCUCCUUUUAACCCUCCUCAGAUGACAGAGUGUGACAUCACACUGAGCUUUUUUGCACAUAAAAAUGAAUGGCCUUGACUGUCACUUUGCCAGAAUUAACUUUAGAUAUUAUAAAAGUUGCCACAUUCAAAACUUUAUUCUGUCAAAUGCUUUCUUUUGAACUGAAAUGGUCUCAGCUUCACCUUGUUUCUAACUCAACUGCCUCCAAAUUACAUUUAGCAUCUUCAUCAGUUUUUCACUGAUCCAACACUGAUCUUAGUGCCAUGCUUUAGCCUGAAGCAAGAAUAUCAAUAUACAUUUCAAAGCAACAUUCAUCCUCACAGAUCCUUUUAGUGUUCAAUCUAUGCAUAGAGGCUCCUGUAAAUGAAACCACUUGGUGACCUCUGAAGCACCAGAGUGAGCGUCACUUACAGCGUCUUUCAAAGGUAUUCACACGCCCUGAACUUUGUCUCAUUUAGUCAGUUUACAAAGUGAGAUUUAUUGUGAAAGAUCAACACAAAUUAAUGCAAAAUUGGGGUGUGAAUGCUAUAUAUAUAUAUAUAUAUAUUACUGGAUUUUUAACAAAUUAAAAUCUGAAAGGUGUGGUGUGCAUUUGUAUUCCCUUUUUUUUUCCAGUGCAGCCAAGUGCCUCCAGAAAAAUACAGUUAAGAUAGGAAAAUCUGCCACUAAUCUGGCCUUUAUAAAAGAAUGUCAAAAAUAAAAGUUUUGUUUUGAAGAUGUUUUUCUUUUUUUUUUACAUUAGUGGCCUUAACUGCCUAUGAUUACAUAGAGAGAAUAAAGAGCGAAACACACACUAAAGGUCUAAAGGCUGGGAAUUAAACCCUAGACUGCUGGGUCAUAGACUGUGAAUGAUGAUAGACUCUGUAGACUGAUGAUUACUGUAAGGCUGCAUUAGGGAGGUAGAGCACGUUGCAUGUAAUUUAUUUCCUCUUGUCUGUGAAAACCAUUAUUAAAAUAGAGCAGUUUAUUAAGAAUAAAGAAGAUGCUCUGGUUAAACACAACAAUUUCCCCCCACAAUAUGUUGGUUUUACAUCAUGUCAUAAAUAUGAAUGCAUGCCACACUUUAUAAUGUCAUUUUUAAAGAUGUUCGACAACCACCCAUGCUUUAAUCUUCCACUUAUAAAUCAUGCACCAUUUAGUGCUGAUCUAUCACAUUAAAUCCCAAUAACCUACAAUGAAGCUUCUUGUUUAAACCUGCCAAGUUGUGGGAAAGUUUAAUGGUUCUAAGUACUUUUGCAAGUAACUAAAAUUAUUUUAAUUAUGGAACAAAGUGAGGAUAAACAAAGGCAGGGACAAAAAAAA